AUGCUUUCCGCCAACGUCCUUCGCGUCGGCGCCGCGGCCGCCGGCCGUAGUUUCACAAUGCAGGCAGCCGGUGUCAGCACCGGCGCGCCGCUCGUCUCCAGACAGGCCGCCCUGAACGCGUUCCGUGCCCAGUCGACACGCGGCUUCAUGGCCGCGACGGCCGUUGCGGCAGCGGCGACGACCAAGGCCUCGCCGAAGAAGAAGGCGACGACCGCCAAGAAGACAGCGACCAAGGCGGCGCCCAAGAAGACGGCGGCGGCGGCGGCGGCGGCGGAGAAGAAGAAGAAGGCAGCGGCAGCGGCCAAGAAGAAGGCGGCUGCCGCCAAGAAGAAGGCAGCACUGACGCCCGAGGAAAAGGCCAAGGCACAAAAGCGGGAGCUCAAGAAGGUGGCGUUGCUGCACGAGCCGCGCAAGCUGCCGGAGCACCCGUGGAUUCUCUUUAUCACGGAGAGCACCACGGGCACCAAGGCAGAGGACGGCGGCAAAGCCAAUCUCGCCAAGAUCAUGCCGGGGCUGAGCCAGGCGUUCAAGGCGCUGUCGCCGCUGGAACUGCAGCGGCUGCGGGACACGUCGGAGAGGAACCGGGCAUCGAACGCGGAGGCGUACAAGGAGUGGGUGGAGGGCCACACGGUGUCGCAGAUUGCGGACGCGAACCGGGCACGGCUGCACCUGAAUCGGCUGGGCAAGACCACCAAGCACCGCAGCAUCACGGACGCACGCCAGCCGCGGCGGCCGACGUCGUCGUUCUCCCUCUUCACCAAGGAGCGAUGGGAGUCGGGCGAUUUCACGGGCCGGCCGCUGGCCGAUGCCGCGCGUGCUCUGUCCACCGAGUGGAAGAACCUCUCGUCGUCGGAACGCCAGCGCUACGAUGACAUUGCCAAGGCCGAGGCCGAUCGGUACGGCAAGGAGGUCAAGUCGACCUUUGGACGGACUGUAAGCAAGUCUCCGUCGCCGUCUGCGUAA